UUGCUGUCUUUCAAUCAUAUCGGAUGCAAAUCUAUUUUGUGCUGUUCAAUUGUAAUAAAAUUGUGUUUAUUGGUUGGGCUGUCAACUAUUCAUACAUGAAAAGUAUUUUCCCUGUUAUUUCACCGAAAGUUCAGAAGAAAAUCCGUGAAAAAAACGUGCGUGUCGAUAAAAUUUGCAAUUUUUUUGUGUCGUUGUUUUUUGUUCGCCAAUUCUACGACUUCGUCCAUUGAUUCGCAAAUCUGAGUGUGUGACAGAACAGUCUAUCAAAAUAAAAACAAACGUCGAUUACACACAGUGUUCGUUUUUGUGAAAAUAAAGUACAGUGAUGCACAAAUGAAACGAAGCGAUAAUUGCAGCACUGUGGACUGUGACAAAAACUGUUUGUGAUUGUGAACCGGUGAAACAAAUCACUAUCGAUAGCAAUCACGAAUGCAUCGAUUUCAUGUGAAGUGCGCCAAAAAAUAAAAGUGACAGUAACAGAAAAUUUUUGUGAUUGAUUUCAUUUGCUAUAUUAUGGCGACAGCAUAACCUAGAAAAAAUAUAAAAAUCAAUCGAAGAGACAUUGUGUUUUCGAUAGAAUUCCGGUAAUUCAAAUCGCAAAACAACACCAACACUCUCACGAUGGCAAAAGCAAAGACUGAUGACGUCAUAAAAGACAUCGAGGAGCAAGCGAAACACAUCGCAAAAAAGAUGAAAUUGUUGCAAAACGAUUGUUUGGAUUCAAUGAAUCGGAGAUCGAUUCCGAUGAAGCACAUCUUCUUUGUCAUGGCUCACAUGGAGAAAUUAUUGGUCGGAAAGGAUGGUGAGCUCUUUCAAGAGAGCUUCAUCGGCCACUUGAAAAUUGUAGCGAUUUUGGCCGAGGAAGCGUUAAACGACAAUUUCUACGAAAACUUCAAAAAAAUCACCAGAUUGUUAUUUCAAUUAUUCCCGAAAAUUGUCAAUAACACUGAAUUUUUAUGCCGUGUAUUUCGAGUUUGGUGCUCAUCGGUUCAACACAUUCCACAUGAAAUCAUUCAAGAAAUGACCAAUGAAGAUCAAUUGAAAACAUUCGGACAGAGCAUUGUUAGUGCCAACACGAUUUCACUGCAACAAACAUUUGUCGACACAAUUUUUCACUAUUUUGGACACACGCCGGAAACACCGUCACAAUUCUUGCGGAAAUUUUUUCAAGAAAUGUCAUCGCGUAAGAUCGACAUUGGAUCGGUCACCAAUGACUUUGCGGAAAAGCAAUGGUUUCUGUAUCAGCUCAAUCGGCACUUGCGACCAAACGACCAGAAAAUCCAUUCGGAAAUGGUUGAAUGUUUUGCAUUCGGUGAUGAGGUCGUCAGAUGUGAUACGGUUGAGCGAUUCGUACACUUCAAUGUGAAUUCCAUUGAAUUUUGGGUUCCGUAUGGAUUCGAUGGCAGCGACAACAUUAAGGUUCACAUUCAUGCCUCUAACAUCAAAAAAGUUGUGAUUCAAGAUGAUGAUUUGCCUUUUGCCCGCGUAAUGGCUAUUGAAUUGAAUCGUGAAGCAAAAUUUGAAGACGCCAAAGGAAGACAAGUUGCUCCGGACAAACUUUACCAAGCAAAUGUCAUCACAAUGGAAUUCAUGGUCGGAUUCAAGAAGAGCCAACUCAACGAACUGCUGCUCGGAAUGCUAUGCAUAACGGCCGACAGACUGAUAGAUUUUUUGGAGAAAAGAGCAAAGCUGUUUCCAUUUUCUGAUACCGAGAUAUACGACGAUGAUGAUUCGAUUGAAUUCAUUUCGCUAAACUCCGGAACGCCAGCCAGUCACAAUCGAUCCCAAUCAAAAUCAUCGCAAAUCUCUGAAAAACCCACGCAAUCACAGGAAAUCCCUAUUAAACCAUCAAAAUCACAAGAAAUCUCCAACAGACCAUCACACGACAUUUUCAUUGAUCCCAAUGAGUCAUUUGUUACACCAUCGGAAAUUGUGAUGGAAAAAAUGGUUAAAUCUGAAAAAAUAAGACCCAAACGAAAGUUCGAUUCACCAGUCACAAAGGUUGAUCUCACUGAUGACAAUGAACCUCCACCGAAGACAAUGAAGUCGGCCGACGUACAAAUUGAACCAUCGACAUUUUAUCGAUCGUCGAUUGAUGACACAAAAACACAGCUGAAACGUCCAAAACGUGGUGCAGCUAAAGUGGCAUUGAAAAAGAUUAAGACGGUCGAUACAUAUAAGUUCAGUGAUGAUAGCAGAACACCACCGAAAAAAGCACAACCGAAAAAGAAAAAGCGUGCACCAACUAAACGCAAAGCAAAAGUUCCAAUCGGUCCUGUCAUUGAGAUUCCGCCCCGAAUUGGAAAUUCGAUCAAUCCACGAAAAUUGUAUAAUCCAAAUCAGUAUGAUGAUGACGCAUCAAAUGCAAUCGAUCUUGAUGUCGAUAAAAAGCAAAAGAUUAGGUCGCAUUGGAGCAAUGAACCUGUAAUACCGGAAAGUUUCCACAGCUCCAUUUUGGAGGAUACAAACCGGAAAAAGAGCCGAAUUUUUCAAAAUAUUGACAAAAUCAAUCUGAAGGCACAAAAUCGUCCGAAUGCCAGUUUUUCGUAUCGCCAAUCGAAGAUAGCACAAAAACAACAACCAGCUGACUCAACCAUUGUUUCGAUUGAUGCAGCGAAAGGUUCACAGAAUGACCACAUGGACAUAGAAGACGAUGACAUCGAUGUCAAUGGUAACUUCACCGCAAAUGUCAACAUUGAUCGGAAAGGAACGGUCGGAAGGUGCACAAAAGAUUGUAACGAUCUUAAUCGAGAAUUUCUUCGAGGUGUAAGAGAGAUUUCAAAUAUCAGCAACCAACUUGUCGUCUUAUUAAGUCCAAAAUGAACACGUUGCCAUUAAUAUGGUUUAUAAAGGCCAUCGAAACCAAUAUGCUACUUUGUAAAUAUCGCUGGAAUCGAAAGAGAAAAAGUCACAUCAGAAAUUGUUCAAUUGUCACACAAUCUAAGAGCUUCUUGCAAACUGUUAUGAAUGAUAACAACAUUGAAGUCAGUCACAACAAUACACAAAACCCUUGCUGUCAUGGCCGGAAGAUAUUUGGAUGAACUUCAAGCAUUACACUGGCUUUGGAUAAACUGGAUAAUUAAUUGGACUCAAACAAACAGCCACUAACAUGACACAUAUUUUUAUGUCUUUUGGACUUUUGAUUCGUUUUAUUAUCAGAAGAGAAAGAGAUACAUAAUACUAAAAUUGGUUAAUCGAUGACUGAAGCAAAUUCAGCUAAUCUUUUAUUGUAAUUUUCGAUUGUGAACUUAAAAACUAUUUGAAGACAUUUUGCCAACAAUGAGGCUAUACAUGGAUUUCUUUUUGAAUAUACUGAAUUCUUUCAAAAUAUCGUUACAAGAAAAAUAAAAUAAUUGUAUACAAAAUAAAAUAUCAAGUUAUAUAAAACCAGAAGUUAGUUUAACCA